AAGGCAACAGACAGCCGAAUAAAAGGGGAAUAAACAAACCUAGAUAAACACCAAAUCAAAGGGAAAUGUGUAUGAAACGGUUCUCGAUCGGCGGUGUUUGCUUUCUGUAAUUUUAUUUCGCGCAAACAGUGUACAAUUUAAAAGUUUCUCAAAACUUAAUUGUUUGAUUUUAAAGUGUUUGUUUUUGUAUUCGCUGCUUAAAAGCUAUUAAUUGUGCUUUUGUGUCCAUGGUGCCGAUUGAUAACAUUCUUCAAAAUCACGUCUAUCUCAUCCAGGUCAAAAAAUACUUAAAAGCAACGCAUUACGAUGAAAGAUUUGAAAACGGAGACCCCAGCGAGCGGCUGUCCCUCGAAUCUAGAGACCAGCAGGUGUGGUAGCAGUGGAGAGGCGCUGCUAAAUCAUUCCGUGCAGCCCGUGGCGUUGGAAUCGUCUGAGCUAGUCCCGGAUCAGAAGGCCCGCGACAACUGGGGCAGUUCGCUGGAGUUCCUGAUGUCCUGCAUCGCCCUGAGCGUGGGAUUAGGCAACGUGUGGCGUUUCCCAUUCACGGCCCUGGAAAAUGGAGGAGGCGCCUUCCUAAUUCCCUAUCUUAUCGUCCUUUUUGUGGUAGGAAAGCCGAUUUACUACAUGGAGAUGCUGCUGGGCCAGUUUUCCAGUCGUGGCAUCGUGCAGGUCUUUGACUUUGCACCCCUCAUGAGAGGUGUAGGCUAUGCCCAACUUUUGGCCCUUGGCGUUCUGGCCACAUACUAUGCCUCGGUGAUGGCCCUAACGUUGCGAUACUUCUUCGAUUCCUUCGCGUCGGAGCUGCCCUGGAGCUACUGCCGUCCGGAGUGGGGUGACGGGUGCGUGAGUGCAUCCGGAGGUCGGCCUUUCGAGGGUCAGCUGCAGCGAAACUUCAGCUCCUCCACGCAGCUCUACCUGCAACGCGUCGUGCUGAACGAGACGGAGUCGCUGGACCAGGGAAUAGGUUAUCCCAGUGGUAGCUUGGCUCUAAUGCUGGGGCUGUCCUGGCUAACAGUUACGCUGAUCAUCAUCAGGGGCGUGAAGAGCUCCGGCAAGGCGGCUUAUGUCCUGGCUCUGUUUCCAUACGUCGUCAUGUUCAUCCUGCUCGUGAGAGCCUUGACUUUGCCGGGGGCCUACGAGGGUGUAAUGUACUUCCUGACGCCCCAGUGGGGCAAACUCCUGGAACCGGAGGUGUGGUACAAUGCCGUGACCCAGGUGUUCUUCUCACUGGCCGUCUGCUUUGGCGUGAUCAUCAUGUACUCGUCGUACAACCGAUUCGGGCACAAUGUGUACAGGGAUGCCAACAUCGUGACCACUCUGGAUACCUUCACCUCGCUGCUCUCGGGGGUGAUUAUCUUCGGAAUUUUGGGUAAUCUGGCCCACGAGUCGGGCACCAAGGACAUUGCCAGUGUGGUGAAGGCAGGUCCUGGACUGGCCUUCAUCUCCUAUCCCGACGCCAUUGCCAAGUUCAAGCUGCUGCCGCAGGUCUUCUCGCUACUCUUCUUCGUCAUGCUCUUCAUGCUGGGCGUGGGCAGCAAUGUGGGCAUGGUCAGCUGCAUCAUGACCGUGCUGAAGGAUCAGUUCGUGAACGUCAAGCUGUGGAUCAUCGUGGUCUGCCUCUCGUCAAUUGGAUUUCUUGUGGGUCUGAUCUACAUCACGCCCGGCGGUCAGCACAUCAUCACACUGAUGGACUUUCACGGCGUGACCUUUGUGUCCCUAGUGUCGGCCAUCUUCGAGCUGAUCGCCGUGGGCUGGAUCUACGGCACCAAACGCCUCUGCCAGGAUGCCGAAUACAUGCUGAACAUCAAGACCUCCAACUACUAUCGGAUAUGCUGGUCCAUUGUCACGCCGUUGGUUAUGGUUGUCAUCCUGGUGUACAGCCUGCUAACCAUGCGUCCACUCAGCUACAACGGACAGGAGUUCCCGCUGUCCUAUAGAAUUUUCGGCUGGUGUGUUUCUGGCUUCAUUAUUGGCCAGCUGUUCUACUGGGCCUUCUAUGCCAACUGCAAGCAGCCAAAGGGAACGCUGAAGGGUCGCAUAAGCCAUUCAAUUAAGCCGCACUCCGAUUGGGGUCCUCUGGACUCCAAGAAGCUGAUGGACUACCAGAUGUUCCUGCGCCACAAGGACGAGAACGAUUCCAUGCUCCCAAAUCGUGGCUGUGUUUGCAUUACAGUUGUGGAUCGCAUUUUUGGUUGAGUCAGCAUUUGUUAUCAUGUUCUGUCGUCUUUAAAGCAUAGUUCCUUUUUUUUGCAUUCAUUCCUAAUUGGAAAUUUUGUAUGGCAGCUUGUACUUAAUUUUAUUUUACAUACGUUUUUAUUUAUACAAAAAUGAAAUCAAACAAAAAUCAAUUAACUCGAAAGUUUGCUCUUAAGCAAUUCCAAUUGCUGCCAGACUGAAUUUUCGGUGUUUCAUUUUUGCAAUGUCA